CAUAUAUGUGUCUUUUAUACAUAUAUGCGUUUAAGUGACAACGUAGCCUUAUCGUUACCUAACCACACAAAACCAUGUAUUCAAUAAAUCAAAAAUUGUGAUUAAUAAUUGAGAUAAUUGAGAGAGAGAUGACUCGUUACAGACUCAUACAUACAUUUCUAGUGAUACCAAAGUUCACUGCUUAUUAGAGAUUUGGUAACGAUCAAAGUAAAAGAAGAUGAUUCAUUUAAGUGCAUCGAUUUCAUCAGUCUUGGGAGAAGCAGGCAUUAAAGUUAGACCAGAUGCAGAUCCAGGUGUAUGGCUCAUGUUUCUUCUUCCUACGUCUUUAAUUGUAUCCGCCCUAAAACAUCCUGUGGAAUCUUCCUUAACGUUUAAAAUGUGCGCCGCAUUAUCAUUAGGCUUAAUGGGAACUUCUGUGAUAUUCAUCGUACAAUGCACGAAACAGAAAUCCUUAUCAGUAAGCAGACAUUUACAAUUAAUGCCUGCUGCUGUAACAGCGACAGUCUUUCGUUUCAUCUUUAAUGCAGGCUUUUUAUCCAGUUUUAUAAGUGCAUUAAUUUCGUCUACAUGCUAUUGGCAUACCUUGGUAACGUUACUUCGGAAAUUGCCACAUAGUUUUACAGUCGGUGAAGUGGCUGUAGUCUCUCAAGCCGUUGUGCUAUUUUUCUAUGGUGCAGUUCUUAGCUUUUAUUCAACAAUUUUCCAAACUCCAACAACAGUAUCACAGAUUUCAACAAUAAUUGUGCAGGUAGGACUAUGUGCUGUUGCAACAGUAAUAUUGCUAACACACCGAUUCAAAGGUUUACGUGAGAUCAUGUCUUUUUAUUUAACAGCAACUUCUGUCCUGUUCAUAUUUAUAGUUGUCAUUCUCACCACAAUACUACGUCAAAGCCCAUUACUGUGGAUAAUGGAGUUUUUAUUAUUUGAUGAUAUUGGCAGGACCAAAAUGGUUAUGUACAUGGUAAUAUGUACGAUUGCAGCUGUUCUAGCAGUAAAUUAUCAAAUAAGUGGAAAGGAAAAGGCCACGCCUGCAAUUCGCAAAGUUUUUCAUAUAUUUGCAGUUGCUGUUUAUCUUCCGUCUUUGAUUUAUCAGUGUUCUUUGAUAUACCUAGCAAGUGGGGUUCUUUUAGGAAUAUUUGCUAUGUUAGAGACUAUCAGAAUAUUAAACAUUCCGCCUCUGGGAGGACCUUUGCAAAAUGGCUUUUUUGCAUACAGAGAUGAAAAGGAUAGCGGUCCUGUUGCACUUACACCCUUGUAUCUAUUGAUCGGAUGCUCUAUGCCUUUAUGGAUUCAUCCUGCGCCAUGUGAUGUUGUUGAUUCUGCAGGAUUCAACCUACUUCCAGUAAUGAGUGGUGUUCUUGCUAUUGGAAUAGGUGAUACUGCCGCUAGUGUGGUGGGUACCAAAAUGGGAAAACGAUUCUGGCCAGGUACCAAGAAGACAAUGGAAGGUACCAUUGGAUGCAUCAUUAGUCAAUUUAUUGUCGUUUAUGCGUUAGUGUGUACAGGUUUUUUAGAUGCAAAUAACCAUGAUCUACUGAAGACUGUUGUUGCAAUAAUUGUGGGGUCAUUAGUUGAAGCUUCAACUAACCAGAUUGACAAUAUUGUAUUACCAUUAGUAUUAUUUAUAAUUCUUUGCUGACUGUACCUGUAAGUUAUUAUUUAUUGUUGAAUAAAAAGCAAUAGUUUUGUA